GGACGUCCCUCACGACCCGCUCGCCAACGUGGGCGUCCAGCGCGGAGAGCGGGUCGUCCAAGAGGUACAACUCGCGGUCGGCGUACACCGCCCGCGCGAGACCCACGCGCGCCUUCUGCCCCCCGCUCAGGUUGAUGCCCUUCUCGCCAAUCUCGGUCUGCAUCCCGCCCGCCAGCAGCCUCAGGUCAGGCUCCAGCUGGCACACGCGCACCGCCUCCCGCAGCCUCCCGGGGUCCUCCGCAGCAAAGAAAAGUACAUUCUCACGCAGCGUCGCGUUCAUGAUCCAUGGCUGCUGCGGCACGUACGCAAUGCUUCGCGUGGCCCACACACGACCGCGCGUCACCUCGUACUCCCCCAGCAGUGCCGCCAAGAGCGUCGAUUUACCGCUUCCAGUGGGCCCAAUGAUCACAGUGAGUUUGCCCUUUGGUACCUCGAUGGAGACGCCCCUUAA